CACGACAAUGAAAUAAAGUGUAUCUAUCCUCUUCACUUUUCCAUUUUCCUCUCUCAGUCUUGGGAGUAAAGAAAUUUCUUCUUGGCAAGAAAAAAAUGAGGAACACGCCUACUACUCGGAGAUCAUCGGUUCGAAUCACGUCGGCAGCAUCUCAACGCCGUCUAACACCGGAGCCAGAACCGGCGGUGAAAAAAUUCAUCAAGAUUAUUAAUCUUUCAACUAUCAAGGAAACAAUGAUGAAAAUUCCGGAGAGAUUUGUAAGAUUAGGUCCCAAACUCACUGACAAUGUGACUCUCGAGACUCCUGUGGGUUUCAAGCGUUCGAUUCGGAUCAAACGGAUUGGUAAUGAGGUCUGGUUUGAGAAAGGUUGGAGUGAGUUUGCUGAGGCUCAUUCUUGGAGUGAAGGUCAUUUUCUGUUUUUUCAUUACAAAGGGAAGUCUAGUUUUAGUGUUGUGAUCUUUGAUGUGACUGCUUCUGAGAUCGAGUAUCCAUUGGACAAAGUUUAUGUCAUUGAAAGUGAUGAUGAUGAUGAUAAAGAAGAAGUGAUGGAAGUUAUGGAUGAUGAUGAACAAGGGUUUGCUGGAUUUGAAAGUAGUGAGAGUGAAGGAGUGAUUGAAUUGGAUGAAUUGUUGAAGAACAAGAAGAGGAAACCAAGAGUCAGCGUUAAGUCUGAGAAAGUUGCAACAUUUUGAUGAUGUUGAAGAGAUUGAUUGAAUGAGGUUGAAGAAGAUAAAGACAGUCACGAGGUUUGUGGAGGUUUUACAAGUUUGUGACAUGUUUUCCUAACAAAGAUCUCUGCGGGUUCUAAGCUCUUGAUAGUAGUUAUCGGUUUGGUCCGUUUGGAAUCUUGAUUGUAGUUACCCCUUUUGUGUAAGAUUAUGUGUGCAGUGGAAAAUGCUUGUCCUUUCUGAAUAUGGCAGAAGCUUUAGCUUAAUCGUUGUAAGAACUCGGCUAACUUUUGAGAUCCUUUUGUGUAAUAUAAGGUAUAUGUAAAAUUAAUUAUCAUGCCUCUUUCCUA